AUGACGCUGCAUGGUGUCCCUGGAAAAAUCGCUUGUAGGGCAUUCCCGCUAACCCUAAAAGGGUUAGCACAUUCAUGGUUUGGGUCACUAGCACCUAAAUCAGUGGACAACUUUGGCGAGCUAGCCAAGCUGUUCCUAACCCAAUUCAUGUCCAGUCAGUGGAGGCAGCACCCUGCUGCAUACCUCCUCACUAUCAAACAAACGGAGGAUGAGAGCCUGAAGUCUUACUUGGCCCGGUUCAAUAAAGAGCGCAUGACCAUUGACAACCAAGACGAGAAGAUUACCUUGACGGCGCUCUUGUAA